CAUGGAAAUCGCAGAAAAUUUAAAUAAUUUAUUAUAUAAUGUUUGUGAUAUUGUUCACAAUAUAAACGCGACAAUUGGUGCAUAUACAAAAACAAAUGCAAUGAUUUAUAAACAAAUUCAAAAUAUUCAAAAUCAACAAAUAAGAAUUCUUUCUUCAAUGAUUGCUAGAAAGCAAAGGAAGUGCUGGACUUUGGUAAGUACAGUAAAUAUUAUUAUAAAGACUAAAAUUUAAAUGAGUUGCUAUUUAAAUGCUUUUGGGCACCUUAAAGCAAGGUUUCGCAGAGUAGGUAAGGGUAUAGAUAACAAGAUAGAAAACGCAACCAGCAUUAUACGAACGUGUUGUGUUCUGCAUAACUUUCUAAAUGAAAAAAAUGAUGCAUUGAACAAAGACUGGAUGCACGCUCUAACAAGACAACAGCAGAUUUCUGAACGACAACAACCAGAAGAAGUCUCAACACUAAAUGACCACGACCCAAAUGGCGAAGAAAUAAGACGAUGCUUGGCUCAUAUUUUUAGCGUUUCCUCCGUAUUGCCUACAGAGAUGUCAGAAGGGGAGAUGGUUGAUGAUGACGAUACUGCCAAUAACGGCGACGGUACACACGUUGAAGUGGAUAGGUCCUGGUUCGUGAUCUAAUUUAAAAGAAGUUACUUCAUUCAAUGAAUUAAAAAAAAAAUAUAUACAAACAUACCU